ACGUUUGCCGUGAUAUUGUUAACGAGUAAACGUGCGAUCUGCACAACGCCAUUGCUGAUGGGUCGUUGUUCAGUUGGAUUCCCUCAAGCGACCGUACAGUUCCAGAAAUCCUUUCAGUUCACUCAACUAUCAUCGUUACACUCAUCAGCUCGUUUAUUUGUUCGAGGACGAAAUGAAAACGCAGAAGAUGGUAGUCAACAUGAGGGAAGAGAUGAAACAAAGUUCAAUGGCUCAGAAGGCACAUCUUCGCAAGGACAACAACAACAGAAAUCGCCCUUCGACGAUCCUAAUUUCGUUCGUCGAAUGCGAGUGUAUAUGCUCAUAGUGGGUGGAUGUACAUUCGUAGUAUCGUAUGUCAUCAUGAAACCACUUUUCUCGCAACAAUUCCCAACGAAGUUGGGUGCUGAUAUUAAUGCGCCACCGCUGGAGAUGGAGGAAUUCCUCAACACCUAUAUACCAUCAGGAGAGGUGAAGCGUUUAGUUCAUUUUCCGAAGCAAGAGAAGGCCGUAGCGUGGUUGCAUGAUGAUGCGAUAAUUAAUGGACAACCGGCGAAUCAUUCAUUUGUUGUCGUCAAAUAUGAACGUGUUGAUGGAGUACCGCCGGAACAUUUCCGUGAGGAAAUAAGAGCGAAAGAGAAAGAACUCGGUAUUCCGUUACAGAACGCCAUUAAUGUUGAGGAAUAUUAUGGUUUCUCGAACUUUAGAUUUGUCGAAUUAUUAAUUGGCAUUGCAAUUCUGGGCUUUUUAGCGUCCCAAUAUGGACGUUUAGUAGCCAGAAAAAUUGCUGAACAGAAAGCUAAAGGUGGCGGACGUUGA